AUUUCUUUGUUUCAUAACUAAAUCCAAUGUCUCUGAAGUGGAAUUUCUCAGUUGCAAAAUAUUCAGCCACGAAACAAUUAACAGUUAUACUAUUGAUAUCAAUACUCUUCACAAAUCCCGUGAAUAGUGGAAGUUUCAGGGAUUUGUUCUCAGAUCAUGUCUCUUCUGAAAAGUGUGGGUAUAAUUCGUGUCCAGUGGGAGAAUCAGGCCAUAUUAAUGUUCAUCUAGUACCACACUCACAUGAUGAUGUCGGGUGGUUAAAGACAGUGGACCAAUAUUAUUAUGGAGCCAAUAAUUCAAUUCAACGUGCUAGUGUUCAGUAUAUCUUAGACAGUGUGGUAAGAGCGUUAGCUCAUAGUCCAGAUCGUAAGUUCACUUAUGUUGAAAUGUUUUUCUUCCAUCAAUGGUGGAUCCUACAACCGAAAGAAAUACAUGAAUUAGUGAGAGAAUUAGUGGAGUCAGGCCAAUUACAAUUUGCUCUAGGUGGGUGGAGUAUGGCAGAUGAAGCAACAGUGUACUAUACAGAUGCUAUUGACCAACUCACGCGUGGGCGUGAUUUAUUGAAACAGCUGUUCGGUGAAUGUGGUCUUCCACUAGUCGCUUGGCAGAUUGAUCCAUUUGGGCAUUCACGUGAUCAUUCUGACUUAUUCCAGGAGGCUGGCUUUGAUGCUGUCUAUUUUCAGCGUAUGGAUUAUCGUGAGAAACUUAAACGGAAAGGAACGAAGGAAUUAGAAAUUCUAUGGGAUACAACUUCUACCAAAACUACUAAAACCAGCAUUCCAAAUAAUAGUACUUCGAAAAAUAAUGAAGGAUUUGGUUUAUUCACUGGUAUGUUUUAUGAUACAUACUGUUAUCCAAAUGAAUUUGAAUACGAUGAACGGUAUAUGGCCGAUCCAAUUAUAGAUGAUCCAUACGUUCCAGGUUACAAUGCCGAUGAUAUAGCAACCAAAUUUAUAGAUUACGUUCAUAGGAUAUCCAAAGCAUUUAAAACAAAUGAUGUUAUGAUACUAAUGGGAUGUGAUUUCACAUAUGAAAAUGCCAAUAUGAAUUAUAACAACAUGGACAAGUUGAUUAGACAUGUGAAUAAACAAAAAAGGAAGGGGAGUACAGUGAAUACCUUCUAUUCAACUCCAGCGUGUUAUACAAAAGCAAUAAAUAAAGAAUUCAACAGAAUUGGUACCAUUACUAGACGUAGCGGUGAUUUCUUCCCUUAUGCAAGUGGUCCCAAUUCCUAUUGGACUGGUUAUUAUACAAGCCGACCAGCACUAAAGUACUAUGUGCGCGAGGCAUCAAAUUUGCUGGCAAUGUGUGAACAGGUCCAUUUGUUCGCAAACCGUAUUUCGAAUAUGCGAUCAAAAAUGAAAACAGAAGAAGAAGACAAAGAUGAACAAAUUGAUUUAUUACGUAGAGUCCUCGGUGUUUUACAGCAUCAUGACGCUGUAUCUGGUACAUCGAAACAGCAUGUUGCCAACGAUUAUGCCUGGCGUCUACACAAUGCCUCGAAAUCAUGUCAAGCUUUGGUGAGCAAUUCGUACUUGAAGUUACUAACCACUUUGAAAGAGAAUGUAAAGCAGGACUCGAACCUGACAUUUUGUAAUCUACUCAAUAUCAGUCUAUGCAGUGCAACUGAGGGAAAUAGUCCACAUUUGCAAAAAUCAAAUGGCGAUAAUGGUGUCUUUGUUCUUCUAUAUAAUUCAUUAGGCUGGGAACAGUCAAGCGUGUGGAUUCGUUUCCCAAUUUUUAUUCCACAGAAGGAUGGUGAUGCUUCUAAUGAGUUUCAAGUUAUACUAAAGGAUCUACGAGUGAAGUCAAGAGAAGCUGAAAAUUUACCCUAUCAGUUGAAUCAAAUAGACAAUAGAACAUUAGGUAUACCUGAGAGAAAAACACUUUCACAUGAAGCAAAUUAUGAAUUACUGUUCAAUCCAACACUACUGGCUCCGUUCGGUUUCAGUUUGUUUUAUUUUGCAGUAAAUCUCACAUCAUCACCACCAUUGACGACUUUAUCAUCAGUGCCUUCAGAGAACCAAUUUUUCAUUUCAAAGAAGACUGCACUGCACGUGCAAUACAAAGAAGGUGAUAGUACCGUGCAGAUUGUAAAGCAGCAUUUAGAAAGUGGUGUGUUUGUGAAGUUGAACAUUGAAUUGAUGUAUUAUGAAGGAGCAGAAAAUGGACUUCAGGUGUCUGGUGCAUAUGUAUUCCAACCGAAAUUAAACUCAAGUGCAAAGAAGUUUGAUUUUGUCACCGGAAAAGUGAUUAAUGGACCACUAGUCAAAGAAGUACACGUUACAUUUUCUUCGUGGGCAUCUCUCGUCUUACGGCUUUAUCACGAUGGUGAACUGGAAGUUGAGUGGACGGUUGGUCCUUUACCUUCUGACAGAAUUGGUCGUGAAGUCGUGAUACGCUAUACUCUCGACGGAGACAAUAUCCUGUAUAAUAAAUCAGGUGAAUUCUUCACAGACUCAUCCGGUAGGCGGUUAAUAAAGCGUGUGCGAAAUCAGAGAGUUGACUGGAACCUGCCAAUAGAGUAUGCGGAAGAACAUAAUGUGACUGGCAAUUAUUAUCCAGUCGUUAACAGGAUUAUGCUGAAAAACAUUCUUCUUCAUUCGUCAAACAGUAAUGAUAGCCAUGAUAAAAUUCAAAUGGCUUUAGCUGUUUAUACAGAUCGAAGUCAAGGUGGAACUAGUUUAAAGGACGGAGAAUUAGAAUUAAUGUUACACCGUCAAACGAUGUUAGACGAUGGAUUUGGUGUGGACGAACCUUUAAUGGAAACUGGAGUGGACAUGAAAGGUCUAAUCGUUCGAGGUGUACACCGAAUAAGAUUAGAUGAACUGCAGGUAAUCGAAUCUGAAGAUAGAAGAACUGCUCAAGUUAUGAGACGACCAAUUAUUCCACUCUUUGUACCAUCUAAUAAACAAGUCUUUAAAGAAGAUAUCGAUGGAUGGAGUGCAAUUAAAAAAUCAUUACCGAAUCAUCUUCACCUACUUAGUUUACAGUCAUGGCCACUGAACAAAGCUACUGCACCACAAGCUAAAAGUCAAAUUCUUGUCAGAUUUGAAAAUAUAGACGAAAGUUCAGAAUUAUCGCGAAUUGAUGUUAUACACCUAUUUACUGGUAUUACAAUAACCGAUGUGAAAGAGAUGGUAAUUACCGCUGAUCAAAUGAGGAAAGAUGCUGUUUCACGCAGACUAAAAUGGCAACGGAACCCAGUUCAAAACAGUUCACGCCACAUUAUGAAACUAAUUCAUCAGCCGUUGUACUGAAAAUUCCCCCAGGUAAAAUAAUGACGUACAUUUUGGACUACAAAAUCGACAAGAUUAAAGAUUGUUCACGUUGUCAAUAAUUAAGUAAUAUUUAAUCAUAUUUUGUUCAACACUGAGUAUGUAAUCGUUAUUUUGACCCUUCAAAAAAUAAGUGAUAUUGAAAGUCAAAAAACAUUUGAUUUUAUUUAUACUUUCUUGAGAUUAUUUCUAUUUUAUUUUCCCUUAAAUGGAACAUUUUUCCUGCUGCGUUUUUCUGAGAAGACGAGGAUUUGAACAGUGUGGUGUACGUGAAUAAUCUUUUUUUAUGCUAUUUAAUAAGACCUGUAUUACUGUAGCUGUAAAAUUUAACCACUUACAUUCGGUUGGACAGUAAUGGCUUAGUAGCGUUCAGUCGUUUUAUUUUUCUAUAAAUUACGACGGAUCCCUAAUAACCAAGUUUCAUAGUCAAUAAAAAGUGUUUCAUAAAGUUAUUA